UGGUUCAAAACUUAAGUCUCUAUCCGACAAUUUUACAAGUUGGUGCCAAGUUUGGUACUUUUUUUGUCUUCUGAAAACAUAUACUAGUUCUUUUCCCACACUUAACUUCUUUUGGCUGUUUCAAUUUUCCACUUCCAUUCUCUACUACUGUCUUGGUAGAGGUGAUGAUGGAUGUUAUUUGCCAUACUUCACUUGUUUGGUUGAUGGGAAAGUUUAUGUUAUUUUAAUUAGUUUAGAAGUGUACUUGCAAGUUGCAACCCCAUAUUUUUUUUUUUUUUUUUUUGUGUGUGUGUGUUAAAUCAAGAUUCUAUAAGAGUCACUUUCUUCAGAUUUGGUACUGUAGUUUUUUCUUUUUUUAAUGUAUAUAUAAAUUUCCAAACUUCAGAUGUUUUAUGUUGCAAAAUCCACUUGAAGAGAAUUAAGAAGAUUUUGGCUUGCUUCAUUAAUCAGCCAGGUAGAAACAAGUUGCCUAGUCAAAAUCAAGAAAACAAAUAAUGGACAGGAAGUUACAUGAGCUUCAUGGGAAUACUAAUAAUCAAGAUGAGAAUAUUAAUAUGGUGCAAUCAGCGGAUGAUGAUAUACAAAUGUUGCAGCAGCAGCCUACUGAUUUUGACCCAAUGGAGGAUACUGAUAUUUGGCUGAAUGAAAAUUUCUCAACUGAUUUUACUUCUCUUCAAGAUUUUCCAUGCAUGUCGUCAUCAUCAUCAACUUCUUAUUCCCCUCCUACUGAAUUAUCCGAUCCUUCUUCUGGGGUUGUACUAAAAUCUGAUGCUGAACAAGAUUUCGACAAGAAAAUCGAUACAAUUGGUGACCAAGAAUGUCUAAAUGUGAUGGAGAAUCUUGAAUACAUGGAUUUAAUUGAUGUCAAUGAAUUUCUUGACCCUAUGAUAUCUUUUCUCCAUUCUGAGAAUCAGAAUCCCCAAGAGCAACAACAACAAGAACUAGUAGUAAAAGAAAAAGGGAAAGUGCCAUUAGAAGAUGAUCAGCAAGUGUCUAUUUUUCAAGGGGAUAGUGAACUUGCACUCAUGUUUUUCGAAUGGCUAAAGCACAACAAAGAUUACAUAUCUGCUGAAGACAUGAGGAGUAUUAAGCUCAAACGUUCAACGAUUGAAAGCGCUUCGAGGCGAUUGGGAAGUAACAAAGAAGGGAAAAAACAGCUGUUGAGGCUCAUCCUUGAUUGGGUUGAACAGCACAGAUUGCAAAAGAAACAAAUGACAGAAGCACAAGCCAUUAACCAACAGUGUCUUCAAAACUGUGCCCCUUGUAACUUUGAUCCGAAUGCGUGCUUUUACCCCCCUCAAUGGAUGGCAAAUCCGGCGUAUAACGCCCCUUUUCCCGAGCCAAUGCAAGGGUACAUUGGUGAUGCUUAUUGUAAUGGAUCUUAUUUUGCGACGCCUUUAAAUCAUACAGUGAAUGGGGGUGUAAGUUCGCCACUUUCAGCUGAAUAUCAACCCAUGGACACUUCUCAGUCCUGGUCUCCAUCGCAAUUUACUAUGGCGACCGCUUCUCAGUACAAUCAGUUUCCUGAGAAUGAUGGAACUAAUAAUGUUGCUAUGGCUGAUCAGUCCCAAUCUUUAUUGAGUACUCAAUAUGAUCCGUACCAAAUUUUCGAUGGGAAUGGUGAGGCAUUGCCAAGGUUGGGCUCUUGUGCUACUAGAGAGGCUAGGAAGAACAGAAUGGCUAGGCAGAGGCGGGUACGGCCGCACCAUUAUCGUCACCAAAAUCGGAAUCAAAGACAAAUUAGUAAUGAGAAAAGUGUAAUGAUGGGUGGUGAGAUUAAUAAUUGUGCAAUGACUCAAGCUAACAAUCCAGGAAAUUGGGUAUGUUGGCCUUCUCCACCAAUGGUGAUGGUUCCACAACCACUUCCUUUGGAGAGGCCGGCUGUGCAAACCCCACAGAGCCAUCAGAAGAAUGGUUCGGCAGACAAAAAACAGGCUAUUAAAACGGAGAAGAAUCUCAAGUUUCUCCUGCAAAAAGUGCUGAAACAAAGUGAUGUUAACAAUCUAGGUAGAAUUGUGUUGCCGAAGCAGAGAGAAGCAGAACGUCAUCUCCCACAUCUUGAAACAAGAGAUGGAAUUUCAAUCGCCAUGGAAGACAUUGGAACUUCUCGUGUUUGGAACAUGAAAUAUCGAUUUUGGCCAAAUAACAAAAGCAGGAUGUACCUUCUUGAAAACACAGGUGAUUUUGUUAAAGCUAAUGGACUUCAAGAAGGCGAUUUCAUUGUAAUAUACGCUGACAUGAAGUGUGGCAAAUAUUUGAUACGAGGAGUAAAAGUGAGGCCGAAUGGACCAAAGUUGGAGGGCAAAAAACAAGCAAAGAAAAAUCUUCGUAAGUUGUCAUCUGCAGCUGCUAUUAGCUCAUCUCCAGUUGCUCAAGCAGUGAGAUAAAUAAAAUUAAUCAAUCUCAACAAGUUUCCUAAUUAGUAACUGAGUAUGAACUUUGUAAACUAGAUUUCUCUGUAUAGACGUUGGAUUUGUGUCCAAGUGCUGUAGGACAUGUUUAAAUGUCUACUAUAGAUAAAUAUGUAAGAUGUAAUCGGCGCUGACGCUUUGUGCAUUAGGCUGUCUUUUUUCCUUUGUAAUCGGAGCAUGCUGUAUGUAUGUUUUUCAAGUUUGGACAAUGUAACGACUAUCAAUUAUAAUCUAGUUCGAGUUAUAUAU